AUUAUUUACUCCGCGAUACAAUCGUCUGCACUCGACAUGGUGCCUCCGAGCAGCGCCGAAGAGGCUACGGGACGAUGCCCCCCUCAAGACACUUGGGUUACUGUACAUAAUGUUAAAAGCUGCAAUGACGGGGGCAUCCUGGACCUUGACGACCACCUCAACGACGUCGUCGAUGACAGGGAACAAAUCAUAGCCGUGUUCGAAGAGCAGUCAUCUCCCUGCCCGACCCACAAUGCUGGAGAUGGGACCAGUGCUAGUUCUGUGGGUACGGAGAGCCCUGACAUCUUCCACUGCAAUGAGUUGAACCACAAUGGGGGCAUCAAGGGUGGUUCGAGUUACAUUGACGUGGAAGAAAUUACCGCAGACAAGCUUCCAGUGGGCGUCGCUCCCCUUCAGGUUCGAAGGGGCAGUGAGCCGACGCUAAAUCGUCUUUCACCAGUUUCAUCUGAACCUGAUCCCAGCAAGAGGUGGUCAGCUGCUGUCGUUGUGGAUGAUCUUUCGCUUACUCGAGAUGUGAAGGAGAAUGGCAGCCUGUCAGAUAAUGAGCAGCAGCCUCCUCCCCCACCUGGCGAGAGGGGUGAGGGAAGUGGCGGUGAAGAGAAGUCUAACGCGGGGACAUUGUCGCGCAUUUCUCGGGGCUCUGGACGACUGUCCAUGCUGGGGAACAACCCCCACAUGCUUCGGUGGGCAGAGGCGGCUGACAGGCAGCUCUACAAGUUUCAAGACAGCAGGAAAGAACCACUGGGCAGUGCUGGCUCUUCUCCCGACAGGGACAGUGCAGCUUCUUCAGGGAGCAGCCACGAAGAAAGGGACUCUAUAGUUGUACUCAAGAACGAAGCCGGUCCACUGGGCAUCCAUGUUGUUCCUGAACAAGGCAGUGGGGGAAGGGACAUGGGCCUGGUGAUUCAGGGCAUUGAGCCGGGUGGUCGAAUAGACCGAGAUGGCCGGCUACGGGUCGGUGACACCAUUGUUGAGGUCAAUGGCCGGAGCCUCCUGCACCUUAGUUUCCAGGCUGCACAGCAAGUGUUCAAGGUAGGUGUGCGCUACAGGUCUCAAGAAAUCUGCCUGCACCUGUCACGGCGGAGGCCGACACAUUCUGGUUCCUCUCCUAUGUCAUCACCUCCUCCUCCUCUGCCCCUGUCGCUGCCUCCAUCCCUGUCAUCAACACAAAGUAGCAGUGAUGCGGGUUUUUCCUCUGUAACAUCCUCACUGCAAAGUCCACCCAAGAGGCCGCCCCCGCCUCCAUUCCGCAAUGACCCUGUCGAAGGCCUUAACAAUGGUGUCGUCAACGGUCUCGUUGAGGGAGAAGAGAGGAGUGGUCUCAACAGUAAGGUGGCAACGGUAACGCCAACCAAAAAGCUUCCGCCACCGCCACCUUCUGCCACUGCCAAUGGACGAUCAACAGCUUCGAGCCUCAAUGUUGCCAACACGCGUAAGAUCGGUCGCAAGGUACACAUAAAAUUGGUCAAGGGGCCCGAAGGAUUGGGCUUUAGUGUGACAACGCGGGACAACCCGGCCGGUGGGAACUGCCCAAUUUACAUCAAGAACAUCUUGCCUCGCGGAGCAGCUAUUGAUGAUGGCCGGCUCAGGCCGGGUGACCGGUUACUCGAGGUGAAUGGUGUAGAAAUGACCGGCCGGUCACAAACUGAUGCUGUCACAAUAUUGAGAAAUGCACCACCUGGAAGCACUGUGGAGUUGGUUGUCUCCAGGCAAGAGCCCGACCCUUCACCUAGUCCUGGUCUUCCGAGAGAAAUUCCCCCUGAAAAAGCUGGUGAUGAAGUCGGCAUUUUCCCCUGGCGUCAGAAGGAAAUUCUGACACUUGACAUUCCACUCAAUGACACUGGUUCGGCUGGCCUUGGCGUGAGUGUCAAGGGCAAAACGUCGACUGGUGCCAGUACCCCUGUCGACCUGGGCAUCUUCGUCAAAUCAGUGAUCCACGGUGGCGCUGCAUCUAAGGAUGGGCGCUUGCGUACGAAUGACCAGCUGCACAUCAAUGGCAUCUCGCUCCUGGGCAUGACCAACAGUCAAGCCAUGGAGACACUGCGUCGUGCCAUGACCCAAGGCGAGGGGCCAACCCCAAAUGCCAUCACACUCACCAUAGCUAGGCGGGUUCCCUCACAAGAGUCGCUGACAAACCUCAGGUUUGAGGAAGGCUUCCUGUCCAGUGGGGACUCGUUCUCGGUACAUCUGCGAUCGGACUCGCUGCUAAGUUCAGACUCAACAGCUGCCUCCUCGUCCUGUGAAAACCUCUCGGUCUCGGGGGGCAGUGGUCGAACACCAGACCACUCCACAAGCGGCAACUCUGAAAAAUUCUUCCUACAU